CUGUAGCCUCACUUUAAUUUUCACCAUUUUCUUCUUCCCAUUAAUUAAUCCCCAUUUCUCUCUCGUUCUCUAUCAAGCACACAGAGAUUCAAUUCAAUCAAAGAGGGCUCUCUGAUCGAUCUGAAAGCUUGCUAGAGCGCAAUAAUGGAUGAAGAAUACGACGUCAUAGUGCUCGGAACUGGCCUCAAAGAAUGCAUUCUCAGCGGCCUUCUCUCCGUUGAUGGUCUCAAGGUACUGCAUAUGGAUAGGAAUGACUAUUAUGGAGGAGAGUCUACUUCACUUAAUCUCAACCAGCUUUGGAAGAGAUUCAGGGGCGACGAUAAGCCUCCAGAGACUUUGGGCUCAAGUAGAGACUACAAUGUUGAUAUGAUCCCCAAGUUCAUGAUGGCAAAUGGUGGUUUGGUUCGCGUCCUCAUUCACACCGAUGUUACUAAAUAUCUGAAUUUCAAGGCUGUAGAUGGUAGUUUUGUGUAUAACAAAGGGAAGAUCCACAAAGUACCAGCUAAUGACGUGGAAGCACUCAAAUCUCCACUCAUGGGAUUAUUUGAGAAGCGCCGUGCUCGCAAGUUUUUCCUUUAUGUGCAAGACUAUGAGGAGAAUAAUCCAAAAUCUCAUGAAGGCAUGGACCUCAGCCAAGUUACAGCAAGAGAACUUAUUUCGAAGUACGGGCUAGAUGACAACACAGUUGAUUUCAUUGGGCAUGCACUAGCACUCCACCGAGAUGACAAUUACUUGGGAGAGCCUGCUCUGGAUUUUGUGAAGAGGAUGAAGUUAUAUGCAGAGUCCUUAGCACGCUUUCAAGGAGGAUCUCCUUAUAUCUACCCAUUAUAUGGUCUAGGAGAGCUACCCCAGGCAUUUGCAAGGCUGAGUGCUGUUUGGGGCACAUACAUGCUCAGCAAGCCAGAGUGCAAGGUAGAGUUUGAUGAAAGUGGAAAGGCAUUUGGUGUGACUUCAGAAGGCGAAACUGCAAAGUGCAAAAAAGUUGUAUGUGAUCCUUCUUAUUUGCCUGAUAAGGUGACGAAGGUGGGGAAAGUUGCCCGUGCUAUAUGUAUUAUGAGCCAUCCCAUCCCAAACACCAACGAUUCUCAUUCAGUGCAGGUUAUUCUGCCUCAGAAGCAACUUGGACGUAAAUCUGAUAUGUAUCUUUUUUGCUGCUCCUAUUCUCACAAUGUAGCUCCAAGUGGGAAAUACAUUGCUUUUGUUUUAACAGAAGCAGAGACCGAUAAUCCUCAGGUUGAGUUGAAGCCUGGCACAGAUCUCCUGGGACCUGUAGAUGAGAUCUUUUUUGACACUUACGAUAGAUAUAAACCUACUAACCAGUCUGAUGUUGACCACUGUUUCAUAUCUGGGAGUUAUGAUGCGACUACACACUUUGAGACUACUGUACAAGAUGUGCUUGACAUGUAUAGCAAGAUAACUGGAAAGGUUCUUGACUUGACUGUGGAUCUGAGUGCUGCCAGCGCCGCUGAAGAAUGAAAUGGAAGAAGAAAGUUUCUUUUCCUCAUUUUUGAAGUUUCAAAAUCAUUUAUGUGUUCUGAUGUUGUAUUUUUUUUGACAAUUUUAGCACCUUAUUACUCCAAUCUGUGUAGAUUUGAACAUUCAGAUGGAGUAGGAUUUUUCUGACUCUUCAGGGCUAUUUGAGUUUGAACAUUUUAAUUA